AUGACGCAAACCUUCCACUAUGAUUCCAAUUUUUGGAGCAACCAAGAGGCAUUCAACCCAGCAGCGGGUGAAACUGGUUUUGACACACAGGAGACCAAGCUACCAACCUACUGGAGCAAACCAUUUUCCAAGAUCUGUCUCGGCAUGAAGAUCCCUGGCGAGGAAAGAACGAAUUUUAUCACUCUCGACCAGAGCGCUGAGUCACUGCACUCACUGAUAGCUGACGGGCAAUUCCGCCCCACAUCAGUGGGCCGUGACACGUGGAAGAGUCUGCUUGGUUCCCAAGGCUCCUUGCAGCCCAACUGUAACAGAGAAGGGUUCAACGUAGAGAGCGACUCACAGAAUUUUCCUAAGGCGAGAAUCGGUAUCAUUGGUAACAACGAACCUGAGUGCGUAAGCUGUGACUCCAGAAUCGGGUUUGGUUCAGGUGGGAACCCUGAUGACACCAACACGUGUGGCAUUAAUGCGCGAGCCGCACCAGAUAAUGGAGACAAGCACAUCAAAGUCAUGGGAUACAUAUUGGUUCAGUGACAUUGCUUUACACACCACCUGUCUUUCCUGUCUCGUUGUGGUCUUUACAUCAUCAAUCUGUAUUGUUAGUGAUUAAAAGUGAAAUGAUCUCGAUAAAAGAAAACAAACAAACAAACAAACAAACAAACAAACAAAAAACAGUUAUAAAUAAGUUAUAAUAAUGCAUUGUAGGAAUCACCAUCUAUCGGAAAGCAUCACGCCAGGUAACUAAAUUUGUUCCAUGUUGAAAUCAUCGUUUUGUGAGUUAUGAUGACAAGCUGUUAGAGAAAACCGAUCCAACCGAUAAACGUGUGGUUUAGAGUAAUAUAUCCAAUGUUCUGGAUCAUUCGUUCACGCAGCUACCCGUUGAAACCUAACUCCGAAUCUGCCAACGAGAAAUCUCGCCACUGAUCGUGCAAAGGAAGGGUGUGUGGAUUUCUUGGGGUGUUCUCUGUUCGACGAUGUGCUGACACAGGCUGUCUGUAUUAUGGUCGCAUGUCGGUAAAAAUGUGACGUAACAAUGGGCGGAAAUCAAGAGACUGAAGAGACUAUGAUCAUAGUCUCUUAGUGGAAACAAAGAAGUUUUGUUCUUGUUGCUACUUAAGAAAAUAAUAUGUCUAACGGGUUAUGUUAUGGGGACUCCAGUCUGACUUAAGAGUUAUUUUCUUAGAAUGUCGAGAAUCGAAAGAUGGUGACGAAAAAAACGAUUUUGUUUGUUUCGUUUACUUCGCCAAAACAUACCUUUGAGUGAAUGUGUUUAAGGAAAAUAGUUUUAAGUUCCAUUGAUUGUUUUUACAGGCAACAUUUAAAAAAAGUUUGAAAUUUGCACAUAAAGGCAGUUUUCGAGGCUUAAAAUGUUCAAAGUUUCACGCUUCUUUACGAAAACAGCGGGGCGUAAGAACAAUUCUAUGAAAAUUAACGAAGCUUAGCACAAAUAUUAUUUCACUCUUAUACUUUAAAAUCGUAUAAUAAGUUUCUUGAAGUUUUGUUUGUAGUUUUUUUAGCUAACGUAUUUGUGUAGCCGCAAUUUGUGUCUCUUGGCGAGGGAAAAACAACUUUUAACUUUGACGAGAAAUGGCCUCUAUCUGGUAUACACCAUUUGGUCAAAAUAUCAAGGAAACCUUGAUUAUUGUAGAACUAAAAUUUUUCGUGUGAGCGGAACAUUAAAUUACAUAUGUGAUGCAUACUUGCGUACACCGGGUUUAAUAGUGGGGCUUUGCUACAUGGAACUAUGCUAUGAAAGUUACUGACAGAAUAAAAGAAGAGGGGAAAAGAUGAAGUAGUGAAUAACUAAUCAGUGAGCAAACGAACGAAGGUACGAACAAGCGAACCAAAAAAGAAGGAAUGAAUGGAUGAACAAACGAACAAAUGAGCGAAUGGAAGAAUUGCUUCUUAUUAGUUUUUUUUUAGCUACGUUACGUUUUAAACUCUUUACCCUUAGGUUAAAAGGCCCUGAAAGCAGUCAUCAGGUUUUCAUAUUUCUAUGGCAACUCGAUUGUCUCUUGAAAAUAAUAACCACAAAAAAAUUUUUGUCAAUUUUAACACUUUCGUGAUUUGUUUUCCUGUACUAUUCAAUCAGUUUCUAGUAUUCAUUAGAGUGAAAUAAUAAUAAACUACUAAAUGAUUUAUGUGUGCUACUGAUGGUUUGCUCAGUCUUUAGGCUCUUACAUCUUUAUUGGCGAGUAGAACAGUUUUGAAAGUCGCCUUGGUAGCAGGCCGUAAUACAAAACUCUUUUAAGGGUUGUGAUCGAGGCUAAGUCAGAGUCGCUGUUUUUAUGUAGGCCUUUAAGUCAGUAUGUAAUAUUUUGACAAACAUCAAAACAAAUACUUCGCGCGACUCCAUGCUGCCUCUUUGCAAAUUAAUCAGCAUUGAGCGUUUGACCCAUAAUCUUUACGUUUUAUCUAUUUCGCAUGGUCCUUACCUUAUUUCCUCUUCUUAAUCUCACAAGCUUUCGGAUUUUUGUUUUUUUGUUUUUACAUUUCAAUGUGGAUCGAUCUUUUUUAACAUUUUAUGAAAACCAUGAAAAGCUUAUCAUGAAACUCAGCUAGGAACAUUGAGUUGAGUAGUUGAAUUCCUAUGUUAAGUAACUGAUCCUGGAACGCACUGUGUUUUUAAAUUACUUGAUGACCACAUAAAUUAGACUUCAUUCAUAAAUUAAUGCCGUGAAGGUUCACUUGAACAAAGCAA